UGUUUCUGAGAACUUUCAGACACACACACACACACACACACACACACACACACACACACACACACAAGAAUCUUCCUGUCUCACGCAUUAGAUUGCAUGUUUACAAACCCCAAAUCUUAGUUUCAGGUGAUAUGAUACAAAUGGUAAAUAAUAUCAUUCCAACUCGGUCGUCAUGGCGAUGCAGCAGGUAACAAUGUCUUCCCACAGCUUCUGGGUACUAGGUUUGAUCUCAGGUUCCUGUCUGUGUGGGUUUACUCUGGGUUCUCCGGUUUCCUCCCACCUCUCAAAAACAUGCUGACUAUGAUACAUUACACCCUAGAUGUGAGUGUGUGUGUGUGUGUGUGUGUGUGUGUGUGUGUGGUGACGUGAUGAACUGGUGUCCCAUCGAGGGUAAAUUCUCCCACUUUGCACCCAUUGUUCCUGGGACAGACUCCAGAUCCACUGCAAUUUCAUGAUGCUGAGUUUGAGUUGAAGGAAGGCGAAGCUGCUGAUUGGUCAGCUACUCGUUAUGACAUCAUCAUCUAUCAAGUUGGAAUUUAAAUAUUGGCAGCUCUUAUUUUACUGUUACUCAUUAUUUCAAAAUGUGUCCGGUAGUUCGUUCGCAUUUUAUAUUUGAUUGACUUUCUCUUUUCAAGUGUCUUACUUUGUUUGUUUGUUUGUUUGUUUGUUUGUUUGUUUGAGCUGUACAGUAUUAAAUGGGUGAAUAGUUGUAUAAAGUAGGACUAGAAAAUUUUAUUAAAAGAAAAAGGAUUUAAUCUCCUCAUUCACGCAAUGUACAUCACACACACACACACACACAGAGCUGGAGAGGAGGCGUUUUAUCAGGGGUAGAUAGUGCAGGCAGUGAGGUGGUGAGUGUAGUACGAGUGUGUGUGAUGGGAACGCAGCCUUGUAAGGAAGUAAAGGGAGGAGGAGGACGACGAUAAGCAGCAGCUCUGCACCGCUGGCCAUGUUUAGAGCCUCUUGGCCAUCCUGCACUGCCACAAACAAUGCCUGCUUCUGCUAAAUUUAAAUCUGGACAGCUUAUCGUCCUGCGCUCACUACGCCAAGCUCACACUCACGCUCACACUCUCACUCACACAGCCGCUGGAUCCUCACAGGGAAAGAUAACAGGAGAUCAGGUAUAAAAUACCUCCUCAGGAAAAUGGGACAAUCGGACGCUCCAUCCUUCCAUCCUUUGACACUAAAACUCGCUCUGUUCUUCAUAUUUUUAUCCCACGAUCUCCAGCAUGUUGCUGCUGGAGGCUCCAUGCUUCAUGAAGCUUCAGUUCUAGCCAAUAACACAGAAUCCUGCUCAGGUAGUUAUGAGUGUAAAGAAGGAGUGAUCCUGCCAAUAUGGAGGCCAGAAUAUCCGUCGUUCGGAGACAAGCUGGCGAGAGCCACUAUCUAUUUCGUUGCGAUGGCGUAUAUGUUCCUUGGGGUCUCCAUCAUUGCGGACCGUUUUAUGGCAUCCAUUGAGGUCAUCACAUCACAAGAGAAGGAAAUCACCAUCAAGAAGCCAAACGGGGAAACCACAACCACUACGGUUCGCAUCUGGAACGAAACCGUGUCCAAUCUGACCCUAAUGGCGUUGGGAUCAUCUGCCCCAGAGAUCAUGCUCUCUGUUGUUGAGGUUUGUGGACACAACUUCGACGCAGGUGAGCUGGGGCCAAACACCAUCGUGGGCAGCGCUGCCUUCAAUAUGUUCGUUAUUAUCGGACUUUGUGUUUCUGUCAUCCCAGACGGCGACCAUCGCAAAGUGAAACAUCUCAGAGUGUUCUUCGUAACUGCAGCCUGGAGCAUCUUUGCUUACACCUGGCUGUACCUGAUCCUGGCUGUGAUUUCUCCAGGUGUUGUGGAGGUGUGGGAGGGUCUACUGACACUCUUCUUCUUCCCCAUAUGCGUGGUGUUCGCAUGGGUCGCUGACCGCAGACUUCUAUUCUACAAAUACGUUUAUAAAAGGUACAGAGUGGGGAAGCAGCGAGGAAUGAUCAUUGAGACCGAAGGAGAACCGGAACUCCAGUCAAAAACAGACGUCGAAAUGGACGGACAGAUGCUCGGCUUUCUAGAUGGGACUGCGGAUACGUCUGUGGAGAUGGACGAGGAGGAAACCAGGAGAGAAAUGGCGAAGAUUUUAAAGGAACUGAAACAGAAACAUCCAGAAAAAGACAUGGAGCAGCUUGUGGAGAUGGCUAACUACCAACUUCUCAGCCAGCAGCAGAAGAGUCGAGCAUUUUAUCGCUGCCAGGCCACGAGGCUGAUGACCGGUGCAGGAAACAUCCUGAAGAAACAUGCAGCAGAUCAGGCCAGAAGAGCACUGGGCACCUACGAACUACGAUCUGAGGUUUCAGAAAACGAUCUCUCCUCAAAGAUCUUCUUCGAUCCUGGCUCAUACCAGUGUUUGGAAAACUGUGGCUCGGUAGCUCUGAACGUGGUCCGACGUGGAGGCGACUUGACCAGCACGGUUUCUGUGAAAUACCGAACGGAAGACGGUACCGCCAACGCAGGCUCGGAUUACCAGUUCACCGAGGGUGUCAUCGUCUUCAAACCGGGUGAGACUGAGAAGGAAAUCCGAGUGGAAAUCAUCGAUGAUGACAUCUUUGAAGAAGAUGAGCAUUUCCUGGUCCACCUGAGCAACAUCAGGGUCCUGUCUGAGGGAACAAACCAUGAAAAUUCGAUCUCCAAUCACGUGGACAGCCUGGCAGGACUGGGACUUCCAUCCACCGCCACGGUGACCAUCUUUGAUGACGAUCACGCUGGGAUCUUUAUGUUUGAGGAACCAAUGAUGCAUGUCAGCGAGAGCAUCGGGGUGAUGGAGGUGAAGGUGGUGAGGAUGUCUGGAGCUCGAGGGGUCGUCGUGGUUCCAUAUAAAACCAUCGCGGGAACGGCUAAAGGAGGAGGUGAGGACUUUGAGGAUACCUUCGGAGUCCUGGAGUUCCAGAACGACGAGACCUCUAAAUCUGUUCAGAUCAAUAUUAUCGAUGACGAGGAGUACGAAAAGAACAAGAACUUCUUCAUGGAGAUCGGAGAGCCUCGAUUGGUGGAGAUGAGUGAGAGGAAAGCUGUCUUACUGCAUGAGUGUGGUGACUUCGUAAAGACAGAGAAGCAGCUGUUUGGAAGAGAUGUGUACCGGAAGGUGCAAGGUAGAGACAACCCAAUCCCUGCUGACAUCGUCACCAUCACAGAUGAAGGAGUGAAGCAGUCUUUCUCUCAGAAGGAGGAGGAGGAGAUGAGGAUCGCUGAGCUGGGACGGCCAUCUUUAGGAGAAAACUCCCGACUGGAAGUUGUCAUCGAGGAGUCCUACGAGUUCAAGAGCACAGUAGAUAAAUUAAUAAAGAAAACAAACUUGGCUCUACUGGUGGGGACAAACACCUGGAGAGAGCAGUUUGUGGAGGCCAUUACAGUCAACUCAGGUGAUGAUGAUGAUGAUGAGGAAGAGUGUGGAGAAGAGAAGCUGCCAUCGUGUUUUGAUUACUUCAUGCACUUCCUGACCAUCUUCUGGAAGGUGGCGUUUGCGUUCGUUCCUCCCACUGAUUACUGGAACGGCUGGGCGUGUUUCAUCAUCUCCAUCGGCAUGAUCGGUCUGCUGACGGCCGUUAUCGGAGACCUGGCUUCGCACUUCGGCUGCACCAUCGGCCUGAAGGACUCGGUCACCGCCGUGGUGUUCGUCGCCCUUGGCACCUCCGUCCCAGACACGUUUGCAAGUAAGGUGGCAGCGAUACAGGAUCAGUAUGCGGAUGCAUCCAUAGGGAAUGUGACGGGCAGUAAUGCCGUGAACGUGUUCCUGGGCAUCGGUGUGGCCUGGUCCAUCGCCGCCAUCUUCCACCAGUGGCACGGUAGGGAGUUUCGAGUGGCGCCAGGAACGCUCGCCUUCUCUGUCACGAUCUUCACCAUCUUCGCAUUUGUGUGCAUCGCCGUGCUCAUGUACCGGCGCCGGCCCAACAUAGGGGGCGAGUUGGGGGGGCCACGGGGAGCCAAAAUCCUCACCAGCGGCCUGUUCUUCAGCCUGUGGCUCCUCUACAUCAUCCUGUCCUCACUCGAGGCCUACUGCAUCAUCAAGGGCUUCUGAACACAAACACACACACACACACACACACACACACACACACACAGAGCAUCCUAGCUAUAUUUAAAGAGACUUUAUUUAGAGACUCACCGCAUCAUCAAGGACUUCUGAGUAUGAACACCAGCAAGAAAUCACAACUGGACUAUAAAUAAUCAGUCCUAGAACUAAAAUAGAGAAAUAAAAGGACAGGAAGUGACAUCACAGUACUGUCUACCAUGCCUACUGUAUCAUUACAGGGUUUUAAAAUGAAGCAACAAACAGCGCGAUUAGAUUUUUCAGGGUUAGAAAUAAAACCGAGAGAUGUCUGGGGAUGUCGGCCAUUAACAUGCUGUUAAGGCCGGUUCACACCGGGACGUCUUUUCAGCGCGGUAACGGUCCUUGUUUAAAUCAGUGUUCACACCCACACGUAAAACACGUGGCGUCAAGGCAGCAAAUUUUUUUAACAUCUGGGGGUUCGUUUUUUCUAUUCAUAUUCAACACUUCAUCAAUCUGCAGGAACAUUAACAUUUUUGGGCACAACAAUAGUUGCCUUGUACCUCCCCCGCCACCCCCGUCCCCUCCAAAAAAAAAUCAAUUUUCUGUUAGCCUCUUCACAAAUAGUGUCAGCUUUUGCAAACACAAUACUGUCUCUCUUCUUCUUCUCAGUGUCAGAAACGGAAAGUUGUGCAGCGCCACCUUAUGUACCGGAGUAUUUCUGCUUUUCAAUAAGCGCCAUCUACUGUCAGGAAGUGAAUUUGCGCUUUCUUUCAGCGCAUUGCUCGUGUUUAACGCCUGGGUGUGAACACAAAAAAACGCAUCGAAAAAAACGUCCCGGUGUGAACAGGCCUUUAGAGUUAAUGUAUCAAUGUGUGAGUGUGUCACCAUCAGUGCCUACUUCCUGUCACAUGACUGAGCAGCUCCAGCUUUGGUUUUAGCAGCAAUAAGCGUCUCGCUCGUUAUCUUGAAACUCUUCCAUGACUUUGGGAGAACAGAUUCUCUCAAAUUUCUCCGACAUUCUGAAAAUACAGAAUGAAUUGUUCAGCAGAUGAGCUGUAUUUGUCUCGGAGAUACUGCUGACUGUCAAUCAUUCUGUGACGUGACACGCCCACACUGCUCUGCUUAGGAGGGAAUUGAAUUCCUAUAGUGUUUAACUAGAAUUCAAUGACAGUUAAGGAUCUGUAGUUCUUGAAUCCGCUGUUGGUUAAAGUUUAGGACCUUUAGUAUCAUAAUGAAUAUUUUUCGCAUUUAAAAUCCUGUGAAAGUCGUGUUACGCCUUUAAUCUGCGACAUGUUUAUGCUUGUUGUCUACAGUAGGGAUGUCCUGCUCAUCGUCUGUAGCUAGCAGAACUCUAAUGUUAAACCUGAUCUGAGUGUUGGCAUGUUUGAUAUGAAUGUAUGAAUACACAGGUACAAAUCUAACUCCGCCCCAUCAUUCUAACCCCACCCCAUAUGAUAACCCUCAACCCUAAUCUAAUCGAACGCCUUCAUCUGUCACUCUGUUCAUGUUCGCAGCUGGAGAAUCGCUGUAGCUGGAGAAGAUGAUCAGUUGUGGGCGUGUCCUAUAGUAUGAUAUAGUAGUCCUGUGUAUGAAUACACAGGUACAAAUCUAACUCCGCCCCAUCAUUCUAACCCCACCCCAUAUGAUAACCCUCAACCCUAAUCUAAUCGAACGCCUUCAUCUGUCACUCUGUUCAUGUUCGCAGCUGGAGAAUUGCUGUAGCUGGAGAAGAUGAUCAGUUGUGGGCAUGUCCUAUAGUUUACUGCUGGUUGCCAGGGUUUCACUGGUAGAGCCGGAUUAGUGCUAGUGGCUCCACAAACAGCAUGUCCGGCCACAGAACAUACAGUAUAUAAAACCACUCAUUUUUGUCCACAUGUUGGAUGUCUUAUGCCUAAAAUUGAGAUUUUGCCCAUUUUGUCUGCAAAUCGAAUGUGUUCCUGCUAAGAUAAAAAACUUCCGAAGGGAAAUGUGCUUUUGUGUAAAAUGCAGUGCAUUGCUAUCUGUAGUCAGAAUGACUCAAAAAUAUUUGCUCUUCAAAUUUGCUGGUGCUUAAACUGGUCACUGGUCAGAGCAGCAGAGUGAGUAGCGCUAUUCAGGAACUGCGAAGAAGAACCAGACCGUACAGGAUUUCACAGUUUGUGAUCAUUGCGGUCAAAAAUACUUGAUUUUGCUGUGUUUUUUUUUUUCUUCAAAAUUUUCUGAUGCAACUUCUGCUUUUUUGCAGAAAAUUACUUGAAUCUACGAAAUCGCAAUUGCACGAAAUUGUCUUUCGCAGUGAUGUUUGUUGGUAAACGAGAGCUUUUAGCUGUACUCGUGUUCGAACGCAUGUGAAUGGAAGACAGCUUUGUCUGAACGCACAUUACAUGAUGCGUCUUGGCCCAAAUCUGCGGAAAAUCUGCGGUCAUUUUGAAAAAUUGCACGCUCCUCCGAAUAUUGCGGAGUUUGCUUGAUUUUGUGUUCAUUUCUGCGAACGCAAAAAUCCUGGAGAGACUGAUGAACCAAUAUGUGGAAACCACCCCCCCCACUAGUCCUUGAUUUUGUCAUUCACCCCGCCCAUUUAUUGUCAGCAUUGCUGUGCCUUCUGUGGCUGUAAAUAACUUCCAGGCGCUUUAUUACAUCAUGCCACUGCUGAUGACACUAACCCCACCCCUUCAUUCUAACCCUAUCCCUUAUCAUAGCCCCGCCCACACAUAUGACCCCACCCCUUCACCCAAACCCCAUCUAUCAAAUGUGUGGAUACUGUUCAUAAGUUUCGGGUUUACUGAAAGGAUGUGACUUUAUUACGUGUGAUACGAAGAACAUCCAAUAUUGUGUGUGUAUAGAAAAGUUAAAAAGCCAUAUAUACGGUCAGGUGCAGGAGUCUGAGAGCACUAAUGACAACUGCUCAUAUUUCAGGAUAAAACACAAACACACACACACACACACACUUGAGUCUAAAGCAGAGUGUAUUUUUUAUUGGUGAAGACAUUUAUACAUUUAAAUUGAUACAUUGAAUAAGAUUUAAAGGUCUUCAUAAAACAAUAAAAUAAUAUUGUUUUAAGUAUUUUGUGAUAUU